AUGGACAGCUCAGAGCCCGACUACCUGAAACCAGAAGAAGAAAAGUCCAGCCAGACUCCUGAAGACAUGAAGGAUGAAAUCAAAAUGAAACACCUGCAAAGCUUAUUGAAAAAACUGGGCUUGAAGCAGAACUACACAAAGAAGCUAUCACUCAGGAGAAUACUUGGGAUUAAUAAGAAGACCACCACUGAUGAAUCUGCGAAGUGUAAAUCAGACCUUCCAUGGUAUUUUCUACAGAAACUAAUGAUGUUUAAUGUCACUGCUAGGAAUGUGAAAUGUACAUCAGAGUGUGAUUCAACCAGUGAUGAUACAUCAGGAACUAAGAAGUUAAAUCUUAAAAAUAUGGUCAGCAGUCCAAACACAGAGGACACGGUGAACCCGCUCGACAUAAUCACUGCUCUCUUUCUGUGUUCUGAUGGUUUUCUACAGCAGGAAAUGGCACUAAAAAUGUCCAUGUGUCAGUUCUCUGUCCCUCUGCUGCUUCCUAAUUGUGACACAGGACAGUGCACAUUCAUGCUGUGGGCCAUGAGAGACAUUGUUAAAAAGUACAGACCUCAGUCUCUUUCACAGUCAAAGGGCUUCAUUGAAGAAAGAAUCGUUCUCUCUGAACUUCCAAUGGUCUCUUUUGUCAGACUGGGUGAGUGCUCCUUGUCCAAGUCAGAGUUUCUUAAUGAGCUUCUGAGCAAUUCUCAGCAGUACCACGACACCUUUGUUCACCACAACAUGGAGUGUGGUGACAGUCCAAGAAGAAUUUCCAACGGACUGACUGAAAUUACUUGGUAUCUUCCUGGUGGAAACAUAAACAUUGAUAUUUUCGGUCAGCCAGUGGCUGUAGCUAACCUUCGUGGGGACAUUGCUUCAUUUGAAACACAAUACUCCUUUUUGUGUCAGACAUCUGCAGCAGUUUUUGUUUUCUUUGAGCAUUUGGAUUCUGAGUCUGAAUCUGUGUUCAAUCUGCUUAAAAGCCAACACCACAAAGCACAGAUCUACUUGGUGGGAAACUAUGAGAGCAAGCGCUUCAAUUUAGAUGCUUUGGAAAAAGUAGCAACUGAGUUAGAUUUAACUGAAAACAACAUCAUUAUUAAGACAAAGCAAAAAAAUGAUGCAGACUUUGUAAAAGAUUUGAGGAAAACUGUCAGAAAUGUGGUUGAGAAAUCAGAGCUGAAGAUGAAAAUAGAGAAGAUGGUGGAUGUUGCGCAUGAACUGGGAAUCCUGGUUGAUGAAGACGCUCCAGAGUGCCAGACUGCAAAGAAAAAUGCAAAAACCAUCACUGAAGAAAUUCAAGACAUCCAUAAAUAUAAAGAAGAUCAGCUUCCCCGACAAGGACAAAUAUGGAAAACACUGACCUUGUUAGAGAAGGAAGAGUUUCGACUUCGAAAUGUUGGGUCUAAAAAUGUAGAAGAUUACAAAAGUGAUCUUCAGAAACAGAAAGAAGAACUGCGGCAAAAGCAGAACUCAUAUGAGAUAUCAACAGCUAUGACAAACUUCAUCACUGGGAUAUCAAGCCCAGGAACAGAGAGGUUUUAUUUCCUGAAAUGGAUGCGAAUGAACCUCGAUAAUGUGUCUCGUAUAAACCUGUGUGAACUCAGGGAGAAAUACAAAGAAAAAUGCAAGAACUCUGAGAACAAAGAGGAGAUCAAAGAAAUUGACAGACAAAUUUCCAUCAGCUCACUGGGGAUUGAACACUUCUUCCGUGAAAUGGGUCAGAUCUAUGAAGCUUCACUGUCUCUUCCAAAAACAGACAGAUCACGUCGACAACUGCAGCAUCUGCCCAAACUGUGUGCAGAGUUGUUGCUUGAUGGAUUUCCUCUUGAGCUCGUAGAUGGAGAUGCAUCCAACAUCCCUCUCAGAUGGGUGAGUGAUGUUCUCUCUCAGCUCAGUGACCUGGUGUCUCCAAAGAAAAAAGGAAAGAAGAGGAAGAUACGAGUAGUCACAGUUCUUGGAGUUCAGAGCACAGGAAAGUCCACUCUCCUUAACACCAUGUUUGGAGUGCAGUUUGCAGUCAGCAGUGGUCGAUGUACUCGAGGUGCCUUUAUGUUGCUCAUCAAAAUCAAUGAAGACAUGAAAAAUGUCCUAAACUGUGACUUCAUGGUGAUCAUUGACACUGAGGGCUUAAAGUCACCAGAACUUGCACAACUGGACAACAGCUAUGAGCACGACAAUGAGCUUGCAACACUUGUUGUGGGGCUGAGUGAUGUCACCAUUGUCAACAUUGCAAUGGAGAAUUUAAUUGAAAUGAAGGAUAUCCUACAAAUAGUUGUGCACGCUUUUCUCAGGAUGAAGGAGGUGGGCAAAAAGCCUAAAUGUCAGUUUGUUCACCAGAAUGUGUCGGAUGUUUCAGCCCAUGAUAAGAACUUACGAGACAGGAAACUGCUCCUGGAUCAGUUGAAUGAGAUGACUCAGGCAGCAGCCAAAAUGGAAAAGAAAGAGGGGAACAAGAGCUUCACUGACGUGAUGGAGUACAGUCCAGACACUGGGAACUGGUACAUUCCUGGACUGUGGAAUGGAAACCCACCAAUGGCACCAGUUAAUGCAGGUUACAGUGAGGCUGUAUAUGAGCUCAAGAAAAACAUCAUCCAACUAGUGAGAGACUGUGAAUCAUCUGCUAAUGAUAUCAUGCAAUUUAAAGAGUGGGUGAAAAGCCUGUGGAAUGCAGUAAAGCAUGAAAACUUUAUCUUCAGCUUCAGAAACAGCCUCGUAGCUGAUGCAUACAUGAAGCUCUGCACAGAGUUCAAUAAAUGGGAGUGGGAGUUCAGAAAAGAAAUGUACACCUGGGAGAUCCUCAACGUGAUUGAUGAGAAGCUGAAAAACCAUCAAGAUGUUAAGAUAAACAUCGAGUUUGAAGUUUCUCUAAAACAGCACAUCUGUGGAUUUGCAGCCAGAAAGUUUCAGAAAAUGCACAAAGAUUUCAUAGAAGAAAAUGAUCCGUACAGAUGUCUGAUUAAAAACAAGGAAAAGUUUCAUGAGGACUUCAAAGAUGUGUUUCAUAAACGAGACCAGUGUCAGAAGAAGGCAGAAGAAUUUACAAAUCGAUGCUUGAAGCCUGCUGUUGAAGACUUUGUUAAUCGUUCCCUGGGUCCUGAUAUCAUUGAUGAAAUGAGGAAACUCGAGCAGUUCAGCACAAGAAUGUCCUUCCAGUAUUCAAUUUUACUGGAUUUGCUCUCCAAGGAGGAUUUUCAAAACUAUGUCAGCUAUAUUUGCUCAUAUGAGAAAUAUGUAAAGACAUGGAUACUCGAACAAAUAAAGGAGCGCUUCUCAAAUGAGUCGACAGUUUUUGAGUUUGAGGAGCGACAUCUGUGGUCAUGUAUUGACAGCAUAAAUUCUGCCAUCAACGAGGCCAAAACCAGAGAGAGUGAGGAUUUGAAUGAAUUUGUUGAAGACAUUUGGAAAGAACUUGGUGAUAAACUGGUCAUUUCCCAGGAUGCUCUUGGUGCUUUCAUGAUACUGAACAAUGCUGACAAGGAACAGUUUGCUGACUGUCUCACAACAUCUGAGGAAAAGCCCAUACUGAGCACUUUGUUUCACUGCAUAGACCAGAAGGUCUGGGUAGAUACAGGUGGGAGUGGUCAGAGCGACUUGUCACUGACAUAUGCUCAUCCUCAGUGA